AUGCUGACUUUACAUCGACGUUUGACACAUUUUUUGAACGAACUAAUAUCUCUCAAAAUGCCUCUUUGUCCUGGUUUAUAUUGUGGAAAGACAAAUAUAAAUGGCAAACUUAGUGAUUGUGGGGCUUGCCCUCGAGGCUUCCAACCAAACGAUCACUCCAUUUGUGAAAUGUGCGAUGAAGUGCCUCCUUUCUACGAUUGCUUAUACUUAGGUUUCAUGGCUCUCUUACCAUUGCUACUACACUGGUUCUUUGUAGAAUAUAAAAACAGACGAUCAAACCAUCAAAGCCGUUAUAAUCCGGACACUACCAGAUUUUCUAAAUCUUUAAUCCUGUUACACAUAUCAGCAUUUGUUGAGUGUGUGCUUGCAGGAGUGUUGACUUUAUUGAUGUUUGACCCCCGAGGCAAGUUGACUAUCCGCUCCUGCCCUGUAAAGCGUCUAUCUGAUUGGUAUACCCUCUGGUACAAUCCUUCAACCAAUUAUGUUGAUACUGUUCACUGUACACAAGAAAUUGUCUACCCAUUGUACACAAUGGUGAUCAUUUACUAUGCAUUUGCUCUCGUAUUGAUGGUCCUUAUCAGGCCACUGCUGUCCUAUAAAUGUGUGUCUCGAAAGGGAACAACUUCCAUCUAUGCUGCAUUAUAUUUCUUUCCAAUGUUGAUAUGCCUUCAAGCUGUCUUUGGUGGAUUGUUAUAUUAUGCCUAUCCUUAUAUAUUGAUAGUUUUGUCUCUUGCAACACAUGCUACACAUUUGGCUUAUUGUCGAAACCAGACAAUAAGAGGAUUAUUCCAGGAGAAUUUUACAAAAAUAAAAAAUCUAGUCAUUAUUGUUGGCCAUUGGCUUUUGCAUGCAUAUGGAAUCAUUGCAAUCACUCAACUCACCAAACCAGAAUUCCAUGCAUCUCUUUUGGUUUUAACAGUUUUUCCAACUAUAUUCUACAUUGUCACUUGUAAAUUUUCUGAUCCAUAUCUCAUUGAUCGUGCGUUCACCAGUUGA